GGUCCUCCGAAGGACGUUGCAGUUCUUGGAGCCAUAAGUUGCUUCGCUUUUUCUUCUCUCUCCCUCUCAGUUGUCAUCUCAUCUCAAUGAUAUCAUGCUAGUCUGGUAGUGUUUCCAAAUUUGGGAGAAAAUGUGGAAUAGAGGUUGCGGUUGGCAAAUUGUUAGGAGAUUGGAUUUGAAAACAAGGAGAUUCGGAAGAUGGAUGUCGAAUGAGGCGUCAGGAAAACGGUUCGCGGCGGUGUGGGGGAAUGGGGACUACGGGAGGCUUGGGCUUGGAGGCUUGGACUCUCAGUGGAGGCCUGCUAUCUGCUCUUCGUUCCGCGACCAAAGCCUUAGGGCCAUCUCUUGUGGCGGUGCUCACACCCUCUUCUUAGCAGAACCUGGGAGCGUUUUUGCCACCGGUCUUAAUGAUUUUGGACAGCUUGGCGUAUCAGAUAAUAAAAUUUACUCUACUGAGCCAGUUGAGGUUUCUGGGCUUCAGAAGGAAAUUGUGCAAAUUUGUGCUGGUUAUCAUCACUCUUGUGCUAUUACAGUGGAUGGAGAACUCUACAUGUGGGGAAAAAACUCGAAUGGGCAACUUGGCCUUGGAAAAAGGGCACCAAAAGUAGUUCCUCUGCCAACUAAAGUAGAAUGCUUGAAUGGAGUCACCAUUAAGAUGGCAUCUCUAGGUUCAGAGCACUCGGUGGCUGUUACCGAUGGCGGUGAGGCUUUAAGUUGGGGUUUAGGAGACUCUGGAAGACUUGGGCAUGGCCAUGAGUCGAGCAUUUUAGGGUUCUUCAAAAAUACCAGUGAAUACACACCAAGGCUUAUCAAGAAUCUUGAGGGGAUUAAGGUUAAAAAUGUAGCUGCUGGAUUGCUGCAUUCAGCAUGCAUUGAUGAAAAUGGCUCUUUGUUUAUCUUUGGUGAUAGAGCAGUAGAUAAAGUGGGCUUUGCAGAGGUGAAAAAUGCAACAGCACGUUCCAUGACUAGCAACCUGCCGUAUUCAGAAGAAGUUGCAUGUGGUGGCUAUCACACGUGUGUCCUGACAAGUAAUUGA